AUGCCUCCGUCGGCGAACCAACACCUGGAUCAAUCUCGGCCCGUCGACGACCAACAUGGCCAGAUGAUGCCCUAUACUGCUCCCGAUCACAUGCAGGUCGGGAGCUUUUCCUACCCGCCGCAGAGGUCGGAUAUGCUGGCCACCAAUCCUUCGUUUAUGUUUCAGCAUCAAACAUCCAACUUGCCUCUGCAGCGCACGGGCUACCAGGAGGGUCGCGUGCCCAACAUGAUGUUUGCCUAUGAUCCACUCUCCAUGUCUAUGACCUCCGGAAAUCCAUUUGCCUACGACCCUUCCUCGUUCCCGUCCACCAUGUCAUUGGACCCUAGCCAUACCCAUGGUCAAAACUUGGAACACCGUUCGGCGGCCCAAUUCGGAUCGUUACAGUCGCAUUCGAUGAAUAUGGACCAGACGGCGCAGUAUGCGGCCAUGCAAACUCACACGACGUACCCAAACACGUACUGGGAGCCACCCCAGCCACAAGCUCAACAACCCCAGUUUCAACAGCAUCAAUUUCAACAGCCUGAGGCUCAGCAGCACGAGGUUCAACAGCCCCAGCUUCAACAAUCCCAGGCUCAACAGCCUCAAGUCGAACCUCAAAUGCAACUCCAAAUCCAAUCUCACCCCCCAGACAUUACCGAAAUACCCCGUACUCAACCGGCAUCCGCUACCACUAUAACGCCUGCAAAUGCUCUUUUAUCUGCCGAGCUAGCAAGCACACGUAGGCGACCACGGACACUUCAGUCGUCCGCACAAUCGUCAAGUAACGCGUCCUCUCACCGGUUCAUUCAACCAAAGAGGCCGUCACCAGUGAAGGCUUCCUCGUCGACAUCACAUCCCAGGUCCGCAUCGCGCGGCGAAUCUUCGCAAUAUGCUAGUAUCUAUUCUAAUAGCGGCUUUGAUAUCAUGGGUGUCCUGGCUGAAGUAGUUUCACGGCCGAAUCCGAAAAUUGACAUCGGUGCGGUCGAUUUGUCAUGCGCAUUUGUUCUCUGUGACAUAACUAAAGAGGACCACCCCAUUGUCUAUGUCUCGGAAGCUUUUGAACGGCUCACGGGCUAUACGGAAAACGAGAUUGUUGGUCAGAACUGUCGCUUCCUACAAGGUCCAGAUGGUGUGGUCCAACAAGGCAUGCAGCGUGCCUUUGUCGACCAGCACACUGCCUUCCGCCUGCGAUCGACCAUCGAGGACAGGUCAGAAAUCCAAGCCAGUAUCAUAAAUUAUAGGAAAGGUGGCCAGCCGUUCAUGAACUUGAUCACAAUGAUCCCCAUCCGGUGGAAUUCCAGCGACUAUCGAUUCUACGUGGGGUUCCAAGUCGACCUCGUCGAAAAGCCCGACGCCGUCACCCGGAGAAAUCCAAACGGUACCUACAUGAUUAAUUACCAGCGCACGCAAUUGCCCAACUACGUAGUGCCUGCUUCUGAGAUCUUCCGCACCAACCCCGAACUUGGUGUGAUGUUUGGCCCCGAGGAGGUGUCCACUGUCUUGGACGGAGUCCAGACCGGGGAUCCAAAUCUCAUGAUGUAUCUGGAACGGGUAUUAGUCGAGAAUGCCGACGACGUAAUCCACGUUCUCUCAUUCGAGAGUGAAUUUCUCUAUCUGUCAGCGUCCUGCCGAAAUAUCCUAGAGUACGAGCCCUCCGAGUUGGUGGGCAAGACCUUGUCGACAGUGUGCCAUCCUAGUGACAUCGGCCCCGUGGUCCGUGAUAUGCGCGCUUGUACGACCACGGACCCGAUCAGCAUGGUGUAUCGGAUCCGAAGGAAGCACGGUGGGUAUGUCUGGUUUGAGUGCCACGGCUCGUGGCACAUCUCGGAUCGGAGACGACAGUUCAUGGUUUUAUCCGGGAGAGUUCGUCCAAUCUAUAACCUAGAUCAGGUCGCGAAGCUUGGACGUGGCGAGUUGGCUGAAAACGACCUCUGGGCUAAAUUGUCCAAUUCGGGAAUCAUUCUCUUCAUGUCUUCGAAAGCGCGGGCCGUCCUAGGCCGGAUGCCGGAUACCCUGGUCGGCAAAGGCAUCCAAGAUCUGAUUGAUGCGCGCGGGGAGGCACAGCGUGCUCUGGGACUGUCUCGAAAUGGCCAAAAAGCCACUUUCGCGCAUAAAAUCCGUCAUCGAAAGGGACAUAUGCUGCCGGUGCACACCACGCUGUACCCGGGAGAUACUCAAGAAGGGAUGAAACCUUCUUUUCUAGUCGCGCAGAUCACUUUCCCCAGGCCCCCGGCGAGUGCCUCCCCGGGAUCUUUGAAUCGACCUGCUCAGACUCAGCCCGCACCUAGUCGAUUACCGUCGGGCAACCAGCGCGACCCAUCCACCCAGGAGACUCUCUUCACCGAGCUGAUACCAACAAGAGGCUCAAGCUGGCAGCUAGAGCUGCGUGACCUGGAGAAACAGAACCGCUCCCUAUCCGAGGAACUGCAGCGACUGCUCACGCGGAGAAAGAAGCGCAAGCGCAAGCUGAGCACCGUGUUGGCGGAAAAGAGCUGUGCGAUAUGCAAGACCAAGCGAACGCCCGAAUGGCGGCGAGGACCCAGCGGAAAUCGCGAUCUUUGCAACAGCUGCGGACUCCGAUGGGCCAAGCAGGUUCGGAAUGCGGCAGCGCAGGCACAACAGGCACAACAGGCCCAGCCCGCCGCCAGCUGA